AUGGCAGCCGCGCCCUCUCACCCCGCCGUCACUUCCGCCGGCUUGCUCCUUCCUUCCUUCCACUCCCCGUGCAGGGCCUGAGAUCCGCGCAACAUGAGGCCCAUGCUGUUACAGGGUCAUGAAAGAUCAAUCACACAGAUUAAGUACAACAGGGAAGGAGAUCUGGUGUUCUCCUGUGCCAAAGAUACUGUUGUGAAUGCCUGGUAUUCUGUGAAUGGAGAGAGGCUUGGCACUUACAUUGGACACACAGGAGCGGUGUGGUGCGUCGAUGUUGAUUGGGAUUCAAAGCAUGUGUUAGCUGGUUCUGCAGAUAACUCGUGCAGAGUCUGGGACUGUGAAACAGGGAAGCAGAUGGCGUUGUUUAAAACCAGCUCUGCGGUGCGAACGGGUGGAUUUGACUUCAGUGGCAACAUCGUCAUGUUUACAACGGACAAGCAAAUGGGCUACAGUUGUUUCGUCAGCUUCUUUGACAUCCGAGAUCAUGCUCAAAUCACUAAUAAUGAACCGUACAUGAAGGUGUCAGUGAAUGACUCUAAAAUAACAAGCGCAGUUUGGGGACCUCUUGGAGAAUUUGUCAUCGCAGGACUUGAGACUGGUGAAUUGCUUCAGUUUAGUGCAAAGUCUGGGGAAGUAAUCUCUAAAGCAAAGGAGCACACCAAACAAAUUAAUGACAUCCAGACAUCCUUGGACCUAACCAUGUUUAUCACUGCUUCAAAGGAUAACACUGCAAAGUUGUUUGAUUCAACAACUUUAGAUCACCUGAAGACAUUCCGGACUGAGCGACCUGUGAACUCGGCUGCCAUCUCUCCUAACGCGGAACAUGUUGUCCUGGGCGGUGGACAGGAGGCCAUGGACGUAACCACCACCUCAACCAGAAUCGGCAAAUUUGAGGCUCGAUUUUUCCACCUGUCUUUUGAAGAGGAGUUUGGUCGAGUGAAGGGUCACUUUGGCCCCAUCAACAGCUUGAUUUACCAUCCUGAUGGGAAGAGUUACAGCAGCGGCGGUGAAGAUGGUUACGUGAGAAUACACCACUUUGAUCCUCAGUACUUUGAGUUUGAGAUGGAAUUCUGAAGUGUGAAGCGGAAGCAUUGAAUCCAAAUUGUAACAGAGUCUUUAUUUCAUCAAAUAAAUAUCAGCAGCAACAGU